AUGCCCAUCUGCAUCGAAUGCUCGUACCCGGUCUCGCACCUGUACAGCGCCUACAGUCGUGCCGAUGAUCGCUCCCAAGGCAAAGGUGUCCGACUGACGCAGUGUCCGCGCUGCCAGCGCUUCGCCGACAAAUACGUCGAGUACGACUUUGUCGUAAUCUUCAUCGACCUCGUGCUCAUCAAGCCGCAGGUCUACCGACAUCUCCUGUUCAAUCGACUUGGGCGCGAUGAUAACCGGUUCGAUCGAUCAAUCGUCCGCCUCGGAAUCUUGCUGCUCCUCUUCGACGUCUACCUAACCUGGGCACGUCUCGAGAAAGACCCUUCCCUAGCAACGACCUUCAUUGCGCGCGCCCCAAUCGUCGUCCAAUACCUCUUUUUCCUAACCCUCAACGCCGCCGCAACUCUCGCGCACCAUCUCACAGUCCGCCUACUAGCCUCAAUGCUAGUCCCACAAUCCCACCGCUACGGCGCACCAGAACCCUCCUCAACUUCCCAGGCCAACACAGCGGCCAGCACAGGCGAUACAACCCCCUUCCCUUCCGGACCUCCCACACCAACAAUCCGUCCCUCACCCCCCUCGCAAGCAAGCCACGCAGCACAACAAUUGAGCUCGCUGGGUCUACCAGCAGCGAAACUCACACCCAAUCUCCUCUUCCCCAACGACACAACCUCCCCACCAGAUCCAUCACCCACCUCACAACCGCAAACAACAAUCCCCCAACGCCCCCCUCCCCCGCUCCGCCGCACAUCCACAGCUCCCAUCCAAAACAUCCGACCCCUGCCCCCACCAACAGCCGCAAGUCCAACAGCAAUCAGCACCGCCCUCCUCGUCAGCAGCUGCGCCAAGCUCUUCCCCAUCCUCCUCGUAAUCUGGGGCGCCGACGGCAGCGGCAGCGGCAGCGGGAUAACCAGCAUCACCGGCUCAGAAACCAGCCCCUUCCGCAAAGACAUCGGCGCCUCAAAGGCGGCACUCUCCUCAGCCCGUGACACUGCGUCUUCGCCGUCGCUGCUAGAGUCGUAUCUCGCUGCGGCGGAGGUGUCGUUGCGUCCGUAUCUGCCGACGCAAUAUGUGACUGGAUUGUUUGACUUGUUGGCGUCGUUAUUGUCGUUGGGUGUUGUUGAUGCGCAUCUUGUAUUGUUGAGUAAUAUCGAGGCGCUUUAUAUCUUGCUGGGGUGUGGGUAUUUGAGGUCUGUGGCGGUUGCGGUUGCGGGACAGGUUGCGAGGUGGGCGGUGCAGAGGGUUAUAUUGGGGGCUGUUGGAGUUGGAUGA